AUGAAAGCUCAAGAUUGUAAGCUCACAGUUGUCUCAGCAAGAAGAGAAGGCCUCAAUGGAUACAGUUGUGUUCCUGGUGCUGGGUCUCUCCUGCCUGCUUCUGAUUUCACUCUGGAAACAGAACUCUGGGAGGAAGAGGCUCCCUCCAGGCCCCACUCCUCUUCCAAUUAUUGGAAAUUUCCUGCAAAUAGACGUUAAAGAUAUCAGAAACUCCUUAGCCAAUUUCUCAAAAGUCUAUGGCCAUGUGUUCACUCUGUAUUUUGGUAUGAAGCCCACUGUGGUGCUUCAUGGAUAUGAAGCUGUGAAGGAAGCCCUGGUUGAUCAUGGCGAGGAGUUUUCUGGAAGAGACACAUUUCCAGCUAUAGACCAAUUUAGUAAACGGCAUGGAAUCAUUUUUAGCGAUGGAAAGAGAUGGAAAGAGAUGAGACGUUUCUCACUCAUGACCCUGCGGAAUUUUGGGAUGGGGAAGAGGAGCAUUGAGGACAGAGUUCAAGAGGAAGCUAGAUGCCUGGUGGAGGAGUUGAGGAAAACCAAUGGCGCACCCUGCGAUCCCACCUUCAUUCUGGACUGUGCUCCCUGCAAUUUGAUCUGCUCCAUUGUUUUCCAAAAUCGGUUUGAUUAUAAAGACCAGAAAUUCCUGAAGUUAAUGGAAAAAUUCAACGAAAACCUCAAAAUUCUGAGCUCACCAUGGAUUCAGGUCUACAAUAGAUUCCCUGCUCUCAUUGAUUAUCUACCAGGAAGUCAUAAAAAACUUCUUAAAAAUGCCAACUAUAUUAUAAAUUUUGUUAUGGAGAAAGUGAAAGAACACGAAAAAACUCUGGAUGUGAACAACCCUCGGGACUUCAUUGACUGUUUCCUGAUACAUAUGAAGCAGGUAAAGGACAAUAAACAGUCAGAAUUUACUUAUGAAAACUUGGUAAUCUGCGCUGCUGAUCUGUUUGCAGCUGGCACAGAGACCAGCGGCACCACCCUGAGGUACGCUCUGCUGCUCCUGAUGAAGCACCCACACAUUGCAGCUAAAGUCCAGGAAGAGAUCGAUCAAGUGAUUGGCAGGCACCGGAUCCCCUGCAUGCAGGACAGGAGCCACAUGCCCUACACAGAUGCUGUGCUGCAUGAGAUCCAGAGAUACAUUGAUCUCGUACCCAACAACCUGCCCCAUGCAGUGACCCGUGACAUUAAGUUCAGAGGCUACAUCAUUCCCAAAGGCACAGCCAUAAUAACAUCUCUGACAUCUGUGUUGUAUGACAACAAGGAAUUCUCCAACCCAAAUGACUUCAACCCUGGCCACUUUCUAGAUGAGGGUGGCAACUUCAAGAAAAGUGACUACUUCAUGCCUUUCUCAACAGGAAAACGGAUUUGUGCAGGAGAGGGGUUGGCCCGCAUGGAACUCUUCAUAUACCUGAUCUGCAUUUUACAGAACUUUAAACUUAAACCUCUGGUUGACCCAAAGGAUCUCAACACAAUCCCUGUUUGCAAUGGAUUUACUAGUGUGCCACCUCCAUAUCAACUCUGCUUUAUUCCUGUCUAAACAAGAGCUCUGCCACACAUCUGCAGUGCUUCUGACUGCAAUUGUUGUCUCUUUUCCCCAAGAGUGUUACCUUACUCCCAUAUCUCCUUUUUCUCUUUUGAUCCAAGGAGCACUUGUUCUCCAUUCUGGAGAAUUUCCUGGGUUACUGCACCAAUAUCUGCUAUUUCCAAUGCUCUGUAAGAAUUGCAUGGGUCAUUCUAAAACUUAGCUAUUAUGUUAUCCCUGUAAAACAGCAAAAUGACUAGCAUAUGUCAAUUCAGAGUCAUUUCUUUUUUGCAAGUUCUUAAUAAUCAGCACUAUGAAUUACUGGGCACAUCUCGGAUACUCUUUUCUAUGGAUGGUUGAGAUAAGCAUUGAAAUAAAAUAGCAUCAAAGAUG